AGGGUGCCCCCAACGCUGUUGUCUCGGGGACAGUCGGGGAGUGCCGGGGGGGAUCCGGAUGUGCGUCCCCCCUGCACCCACCCGUGCACUGAGCUGCGGCCGAGGCCUGGGAACGGUGCUGGGGCAGCAGCUGCUCGGCUGGGCUGGCAUAGCCCGGGCACGGGGACAUCGGUGUGGGCGUGUGACGGCUCCGGGGGGCCCCCGGUGGGGCUCUGGGCAACUGACGGGGGUCCGUGCCCUGCCAGGCUGCUGGUGGGGGCCCCCCAGGCGCAGGCGCUGCCCAGCCAAGGUGCCAACCGGACCGGGGGUCUCUUCGCCUGCCCGCUGACCCCCGAGCUCUCCGACUGCUGGCGGGUGCCCAUCGAUGAGGGAGUGGACCCGCAGCGGGAGAGCAAAGAGAACCAGUGGCUGGGGGUGAGCGUGAAGAGCCAAGGAGCCGGAGGGAAGAUCGUGACCUGCGCCCAUCGGUACGAGGUGCGGCACCGGGUGCGACAGCCGCUGGAGACGCGGGACGUGAUCGGGAGGUGCUUCGUGCUGAGUCAGGACCUGCGGGUGCGGGACGAGCUGGACGGUGGCGAGUGGAAGUUCUGCGAGGGGCGGCCUCAGGGCCACGAGCGCUUCGGCACCUGCCAGCAGGGCCUGGCGGCCGCGUUCAGCCCCGACCGCCGCUACGUCCUGCUCGGGGCCCCCGGCACCUACAACUGGAAGGGGACCCUGCGCGUGGAGCAGCUCAACCAGAGCUCUCUGGACCUGCUGCGCCCGGACGCCGGUCCCUUCGAAGCGGGGGGGGAGAAGGACCAGGACCCCUCGCUCAUCCCCGUGCCCGCCAACAGCUACUUCGGGCUGCUCUUUGUGACAAACAUUGAGAGCGCCGCCCCCGACCAGAGGGUCUUCCGGACCCCCCAGCCCGGCGAGAGGGUCCCCGGCGCCGCCCCCGACGUGGCCCACAAUAGCUACAUGGGGUUCUCCGUGGACUCGGGCGCGGGGCUGACGCGCCGGGGGGGAUUGAGCUUUGUCACCGGCGCCCCCCGCGCCAACCACACCGGGGCUGUGGUGAUCCUGCGUCGUGACAGCGCCAACCGCCUGGUGCCCGAGGCGGUGCUGCCCGGGCCGCAGCUCAGCUCAGCCUUCGGGCACGCCCUGGCCGUGCUCGACCUCAACAGCGACGGGUGGAUGGACCUGGUGGUGGGGGCCCCCCACUUCUUCGAGCGCCAGGAAGAGAUCGGGGGGGCUGUUUAUGUUUACAUCAACCCCGGGGGGCUCUGGGACAAUGUGACCCCCCUGCGGCUCAACGGCACCCGGGGGUCCAUGUUCGGAACUGCCCUGAGCGCAGCCGGGGACCUCAACCACGAUGGGUUUGAGGACCUGGCGGUGGGAGCCCCUUUUGAUGGCGCCGGCAAAGUGUUCAUUUACCACGGCAGUGCCCUGGGCAUCGCAGCCAGGCCGGCCCAGGUCCUGGACGGGGAGGCCGUGGGGGUCCCAACCUUCGGGUAUUCCCUGUCGGGAGGGCUGGACGUGGACGGGAACCUGUACCCUGAUCUGCUGGUGGGAUCCCUGUCCGACACCGUGGUGCUCUACAGGGCCCGCCCAGUGGUCCACGUGUCACGGAACGUGUCGCUGCUGCCCCCCACCAUCGACCUGGAGCAGAGCAACUGCCGCCACCGGGAGGGCAUCUGCGUGGAGGUCCGAGCCUGUUUCAGUUACACGGCCAGUCCUGCAACCUACAGCCCCCGCCUCGAGCUGGAGUUCGUGCUGGACGUGGACACCGAGCGCCGGCGCCGUGGCCAAGCCCCUCGGGGGUUGUUCCUGAGCCGUGGCCCCACGGACCCUGAGCACCAGCUCUCUGGGACCCUGGAGCUGCCCCGGCAGCACAGCCGGGCCUGCAUCACCCCCACCUUCCAGCUGCACGACGGGAUCCGGGAUAAGCUGCGGCCCAUUGUUGUCACCUUGGCCUAUGGGAUCCGGGGGCCUGGGGGGCACCGGGGGGGGCGGGGGGCUGUGCUGCCCCCCCUUUCCCCCGCACUCAGCCCCCACCAGCCCAGCACCCACCGCACUGAGGUGCAUUUCCUGCGCCAGGGCUGCGGGGACGACAAGAUCUGCCAGAGCAAUCUCCAGCUGCACUUCCAGUUCUGCGCCCGCCGUGGCGACAGCGAAUUCCUGCCCCUGCCCAGGGCCGAUGAUGGCACUGCCAUCUUCGCCAUGAGCGACCAGAAGGACGUGGCCCUGGAGGUCCUGGUGACCAACGAGCCGUCAGACCCGAUGGAGCCGCAGCGGGAUGGGGACGACGCCCACCAGGCCCAGCUCACGGCCACCCUCCCCCCGGAGCUGCCCUACGCGGCCCUGCGGCCCGAUGAGGGCGGGGGGCUUGGGGACAAGCCCGUGCUGUGCCUCGCCAACCAGAACGGCUCCCAGGUGGAGUGUGAGCUGGGGAACCCCCUGAAACGUGGAGCACAGGUGCGGUUCUUCCUCAUCCUCGGCACCUCGGGAAUAACCAUCCACACCUCGGACCUGGCAGUGGAGCUCGCGCUUUCCACGAUCAGCGAACAGCCAGGGCUGGAGCCAGUGGUCGCUCGUGCCCGGGUAGUCCUCGAGCUACCCCUCUCCGUGACAGGAGUGGCCGUGCCCCCCCGGCUGUUUUUCGGGGGGGAGGUGCGGGGGGAGAGCGCCGUGCGCAGGGAGAGCCAGGUGGGCAGCCCUGUCAGCUUCGAGGUCACGGUGUCCCACAGGGGACAGGCGCUGAAGACUCUGGGCUCUGCCUUCCUCAACUUGCACUGGCCCCUUGAGCUGCCCAACGGGAAGUGGCUCCUGUACCCCCUGAGCCUGGAACUGGGCACACCCCCCGUGCCCUGCAGCCCCUCUGUCAACCCCCUGCGCCUCACCCUGGAGCCUCUGGGACAAGGUGACCCCCCCCACACGCCCCCACCGCGGUCCUGGUGGGUCCCGGCACCCUCAGAGAGGAGGAGGAACGUGACACUGGACUGUGCCCGGGGCACCGCCCGCUGCCGCCUGUUCCGGUGCCCGCUGCCCACCCUGGAGCGCUCGGAGCUGCGGGCACGGGGCCGCCUCUGGAAUGGCACCUUCCUGGAGGAAUUCCUGGAUGUCUCCUCGCUGGAGCUGAUUGUUCGUGCCGAGGUUUCUAUCACCUCCCCCAGCAAGAACCUGGUGCUCAAGGAUGCGGCCACGCAGAUGUCGGUGUCCAUCCACCUGGACCCAGGGGUGGCUGUGGCGGGGGUCCCAUGGUGGGUGGUCCCACUGGCGGUGCUGGUUGGGAUCCUUGUCCUGGCCCUGCUGGUCCUCGGGCUCUGGAAGGUGGGGUUUUUCCGCCGUGCCCGCCGUGCCCCCCCGGCGGUGCCCCAGUACCAUGCGGUGCGGAUCCCGCGGGAGCAGCGGCGGCACCUCCUCGAGGGCAGGACGGGCACGAUCCAGAGGCAGGAAUGGGCCGCCAGCCCCGCUGAGCCCCUGGACGGACGAAGGACCCCCAGCUCUGCAUAGACCCCCCACUGUGAAAUGGGGGGUGGGCACGGGGGGCACAGACACAGGGUAGGGCAUAUGGAACAUGGGAUAUGGGACACGGACACAGGAUACGGGAUAUUACGGAACACGGGAUAUGGGACAUGGGACAUGAAACAUGGGACACAGACAGGGGACAUGGGACAUGGGACAUGAGAUUGUCUGCCCUGGCUGUGCUCUGGGGAUGGUGGCAGGAACAGGGGACACGGACAUGGACACAGAGUCUGGGACACGGAACCU